AUGGACGCUCUCAGAUUACUCACCCAGGUCUGCUUUAUCUGUAUGCUCAUGUUUUGGGGGCUCUACUUCUUUGGUUUCCAGGAUCCGCUCAACCAGAUCAUGUUGCUCAGGCUGAGCGAACUCGAGCAAUCUGUCGCCGAAACCCGUGCCUCACAAUCCGCAAGCGCGGUUCAUGUUCUCCUUGCUCUUUCGGGAGAGGGUGCUGACGUCAAGCCUGCUAGGCGCUGGGGGUAUGAUGACGUCAGCGCCGAGCUUGUAGAAGCGCUCCCGCGGGAAUAUAAGUUUGUUUCCCUUCCUCUCGACGAUUUAAAUGAGGAGUUUCUCGCCGGCCGUGCCACGCUGUUCAUCCUGACGUUCCGGCAAGGCGCCACGAAUACCUUGAACGGAAUGGGCGGAACGGAGUGCCAGCCCAAUAUGCGCGUCCUCGAGUGGCUGGACGAAGAGUGGUGCAACCAGCUCUUCAACCUGCUGCAUAAGGCGACGUUCGACCCGGCGGAAUGUGGGGGGCUGACGGGAUGGGACAACCCCUUCUGGGAAACUCUCGACUGCCUACCGUGGAUCUUCUCCUAUUCGUACGAGCAAAACUGCCGCGAGCUGCCGGACCCAAUCCGGGCCCGACUGGAGCGCGCGUUUGCGCGCGCACGGCUCGUCAGCGGCCACUUCUCGUACGGCAUCCACUCGGUCGGCCACCGCGGCGCCUUUGCUUACGUCACCACGCUGCAGGACCCGGUGUCACGUGUCGUCAGCUGGUGGAACUGGAGCAUACAAAUGGGGAAGGUGCGCGCGCGCGCGCCCGCGGCCGCGGCGUUCGACGACUUCGUGUGGGACGACGGGUUUCCCAUCGGCGGUUUCCAAAAGAGCAAUCAUAUGACGCGCGUUUUAUGCAACCAAGGCACCGGGCUCAUAGGAGGCGUCCAGUUGUUCGGCGAGAGUGUGAAGGAGGACACACCGCUUGCGCGGCUUGCCGAAGUGACUCUGGAGCAUUACGAGUGUGCUUUGAAGAAUCUGCAAAGCUUCGCACUUGUGUUCGAUGGGGAAAGGAACGCCGAAGUUGAGGCCUUGACUCCUCUCAUCUCUCGUCUGUUCAACGCGGAAAUCGCUGUGGGUCCUGUCAAAGGCACCGACUUAAACCCUACCUGGCUUGACGAAAGCGCAGGAAUGGUAGUGCGCACUCGAUUAUCAGAGGCUACCGCAGCGAAGCUGAUUGAUCUGAACAAGUGGGAUGCUUUGCUGUACGACCAGGCACGCAGGUUACACGAGAUUUCCGUGGCAAGGGAGGUAUUUGUUUCUGCCAGUGGCAGGAGACGGGGCGCCUUCGCAGCCACCUUCUGGCUUCCCAAGGGUAAGGUAUAUGAGGAGACGCGGAGCAUAAUUCCAUGGCCACUGCAAUUGCGCACGCAGCAAAUGGCGCCACAUAUGGGGCGCCCAAUCAUGCUGGCAGCAUUACUGGGUCGACCGCCGAACACUUAG